AAGCAGGCAGCGAGACAGAGUGAAAAGGGGGAAGAAGUACUUCAAUAAAGGUGAAGCGUAGAGAGAUGUUCUAAAGAGUCUGUGUAAGAGAAACUUCAAGCCACGGAAGAUGGAGAACGAAACAGUCAGUGAACUGAACCAAACCGAGGUUCAGCCCCAGGCAGUGGUGGCGCUCGAGUACCAGGUGGUCACUAUCUUACUUGUGCUCAUUAUUUGCGGACUGGGCAUCGUGGGCAACAUCAUGGUUGUCCUGGUGGUCAUGAGAACCAAGCACAUGAGAACCCCUACCAAUUGCUACCUGGUGAGUCUGGCGGUGGCUGAUCUCAUGGUCCUGAUAGCUGCAGGCCUCCCCAACAUAACCGACAGCAUCUACGGUUCCUGGGUCUAUGGCUAUGCUGGUUGCCUCUGCAUUACCUAUCUCCAGUAUUUAGGGAUUAACGCAUCCUCAUGUUCCAUAACCGCCUUUACCAUUGAGAGGUACAUAGCAAUCUGCCACCCCAUCAAAGCCCAGUUUCUCUGCACAUUUUCCAGAGCCAAAAAGAUCAUUAUAUUUGUCUGGGCCUUCACAUCCAUUUAUUGCAUGCUCUGGUUCUUCCUGCUGGAUCUCAAUAUUAGCACCUACAAAGGUGCCAUUGUGGUAUCCUGUGGCUACAAGAUCUCCAGGAACUACUACUCACCUAUUUACCUAAUGGACUUCGGUGUCUUUUACGUGGUACCAAUGAUCCUGGCCACUGUGCUCUAUGGAUUUAUAGCGAGAAUCCUCUUCUUAAACCCCAUUCCUUCUGACCCUAAAGAGAACUCUAAAAUGUGGAAAAGUGAGUCAACCCAUCAGAACAAGAAUUUGAAUGUAAAUGCCGCCAACAGAUGUUUCAACAGCACUGUGUCUUCCAGGAAGCAGGUCACCAAGAUGCUGGCAGUGGUUGUAAUUCUGUUUGCCCUUUUAUGGAUGCCCUACAGGACUCUUGUGGUUGUCAACUCAUUUCUCUCUAGCCCUUUCCAGGAAAAUUGGUUCCUGCUCUUUUGCAGAAUUUGCAUUUACCUCAACAGUGCCAUCAACCCAGUGAUUUACAACCUCAUGUCUCAGAAAUUCCGUGCAGCCUUCAGAAAGCUCUGCAAUUGCAAGCAGAAGCCCACAGAGAAACCGGCCAGCUACAGCGUGGCUCUAAAUUACAGCGUCAUCAAGGAGUCAGACCGGUUCAGCACAGAGCUGGAUGACAUCACCGUCACUGAGACUUACGUGUCAACCACAAAAGUGUCAUUUGAUGACACCUGCUUGGCUUCUGAGAAAAAUGGAUCCCACUCAUGUGCAUAUUCUUUGACUGCCAAACAGGAGGAAAUAUGA